UGGUCGAGGUUUAGAGCGCCAGGCGCCACAGCUCCUUCUUUUCUCGAAGCCCUUCAACACCCCGACUUUGAAUCUCCGUGUCGUGCCUUGUCGCGGUCUGUGUGGCCCCCGAGGCCAGGGAGAACUAUUUUUUCGGCGGCUUGUUGACAAGCAGUGCUUCGGUCUCCCUCAAACAUGGCCACCAUGAUGGAGCGAAGGCGACAACUUUAAAAUUUACCUUUUCAAAGAGAAAAAAAGCGUCGCGUCUGCGACUAGGAAAGACGCUCGGAGCCGACACGACGCCGGCGCGUGUUUGUUUGCUUGUUUUCCUCGCCGUGUGAAGUUUCACUUGGGCCGAGAGCUUCGCUUUAAGUUGACGGAGCGCCGAAGAGCGAACGGCGGCGGCCAGAGGAUUGCAUCCAUGUCGUCAGCGCUCCUCGUUUUGUUUGUGCUUUAAGCGUCCUCGUCGUGGAAGUUAACAAACUAUCCGGGGAAAUGGAUCUGUUUUACGAAGUGUUCAUCGAAGACUAAUCCGUACUCUUGGAAUAUCUUGUGCUUUUUCUUUUUCUUCCUUACUUGCUGCCAUUUACUCCGAGAGGAAGAAAGAAACGCGAUCGGAUCCGAUUAAAGGGAAGCGGCAGAGUGGCCUCGCGGUUUGGAGCCCGGCUUCGCACUUGGAUUGCGGGAUUUUAUCGCCUUAAACGGUGCCUUUGGGAAUACAGUUUGCUGUGUUUGCGACGCUUUUCAGAUUUCAUUUUUGUGGCAGCGACUGGGGAGUGAACACCCAAACCCCCCCUUCCCACCUCGGCUGCCCAGCACUGCUCCAUCCCAAAUUGCAGAUUAAAUCGGGUUGUGUUCCGCGGACGACAGUAAAGGUCAUGAAGGAAACAAUUCCAGGCUUUUAGGGCUGAAAAGAAUGUCAUCAGAGGACAAGACUCUGGAGCCCUCUGACCACGGACCCUCACCAGCUCCAGGCAGCACAGCGGCCACCCCUGUGGGCAGCCCAGCCACCACAGACAAGCGGCCGAGAGGAAGGCCUCGCAAAGAUGGCAUCGCCGUACUACAGAAGACCCGAAAGAAGUGUCGCAGUCGAGGCAAGGCGGCUCUGGACGAUGAAGACAGCAUGGACAGCGUGGGACCAGCAGAAGCAGACCCCGUGCUGGAGCCAGCAGGCAAGUCGGACACACAAACGCAGCCUGUGGACAGAAUGCCCAGCCCAUGUGCCGAGAGGACCAAGGAGGAGCCUCUGCCGCCUCUGCCACUUGAGCCUGCCGGCGAAGAAAUGAGAAGCAGCGAGCCGCUCUGUGCCUUCUGCUACUGUGGUGAGCGGAGUCUUCUGGGUCAGGGAGAACUGAAACGCUUCGGCCCCACUCCUGGUUACGCAGAGGGCACCCGGCCCAGGAGGGGGACAGGGCAGCAGAAGGAUGAAGAUGGCGACGGCAGCCUCCGAUGCAGAGUGAAGGAGCAGAGCAACACUGUGCUGAGCACCGAGACACCUUUUGACGAGCAGACCGGCCUUUUUUUAGAAGAGUUCGGCCAGGUCGGCCUCCCAGAUGACAUUGACGUCUCACUCUUGUUGGAGUCCUCGGGACACUGCUGGGCCCACCAGUCUUGUGCCAUCUGGUCACAUGGAGUCUGCCAGCAGCAGGAAGUUUUGCGUAAUGUGGACAAAGCAGUCGACUCAGGGAGCACAAAGCACUGUACAUACUGCAAGCGCCUUGGAGCCACCAUCAGAUGCUGUGAAGAGAUCUGCCAUCGCUGGUACCACUAUCCAUGUGCGGCCGCAGCAGGAACCUUUCAGGACAUUCAGAGCCACUGUCUUCUCUGCCCGGAGCACAUUGAGCAGGCUGUCGAUAAAGGCGAGUCCCGCUUUGCUCAGGCCUUGGUGUGCCAGCUCACCGGGUGCCUCGGUUUUUUUUUUUUUUUUUUUUUUUUUUUAGCAGUGCCACUUUACUGUCGUAACGCUUGUGUUUUCUUUCCCGUCCUUCCUUCAACAGCACGCGAGGGAGCCAACUGUGCUGUCUGUGACAGUGCAGGUGACCUGCUGGACCAGCUCUUCUGCACCAGCUGUGGGCAGCAUUACCAUGGGUUAUGUUUGGAUAUUGCAGUGACCCCUUUGAAGCGGGCAGGAUGGCAGUGCCCCGACUGUAAGAUCUGCCAGACGUGCAGAAACCCAGGAGAAGACAGCAAGAUGCUAGUGUGUGACACGUGUGACAAGGGCUACCACACGUUCUGCUUGCAGCCUGUGAUGGACUCCAUACCCACCAAUGGUUGGAGAUGUAAAAAGUGCAGAGUGUGCGAGCAAUGUGGCACGCGGAGCAGCCCCCAGUGGCACCACAACUCCUUACUGUGUGACAACUGCUACCAGCAGACCGAUGACAGCCUGGCCUGCCUUCUGUGUGGGAAGCCCGUCCACGUCGCCCUGCAGAAGGACAUGAUGUGUUGUCAGAUGUGUAAAAGGUGGAUCCAUCUGGAAUGUGAGAAGCCUGCUGAGGACGAGACGUUCGGGAGUGAGAGAGAGCAUUACGUGUGUCCCCUCUGUAAGCCGGCAGACCCACAGGUGGCACAGGUGGAAGGCAGUAGUGAGCUGCCAGGAGCUGAAGGACUGGACCUGAAAGAAAGUGAAAGUGAAGCCAUUAAAGAGGAGAUGACAACCGAAGCCACGAGCAGUGAGGUGAAGGCCCAGCUGCCAGAAGCGUUGGCUGCGUCCCCCACUGAUGUUGCACAAGACGAGGCAGCCAUCCCUGAACGGACCUCACAUACCGCACUUCUGUCUGCAGAGCUUUGUGAUCCCAAGGGGCAGGAAAGCGACAAUCUGGCUGAGGCCCCCAGCUGCCAGUCACAGCAGCAGCAGAAGGAGGAGGAGAAAGUGAGCGGUUUGCCCGAGGAAGGCCUGGCUGAAGGUAGCGGCACUGCAGAGGCAGCUGGCCCACAGCCCAUGGAUGUGUGUGUCCCCACGGAAUUGAAGCCUCCCGACACGGCUGUUGUGAAGGGGGAAGCUGAAGAAGAGGAGGAGGAGGACGAUGAGGAAGAUGAGGAUGAUGAACAGGAUGUAGCAGUCUCUGAAAUGGACAGUACCCCAGCGAGUGAGAGAAGCUUUUCAGAACUGAGCUCUCCAGCAGAGAAGCGUUCUCCCGACAGCAAAUUGGUGGCAUCUCCGGCGAUGCUGGGGCCCAUUGUCCCACCUCCCUUCAUCCCGGUCCCUCCUAAGAUUGGUAUGGGGAAACCAGCCAUCACCAAGAGGAAGUUCUCUCCUGGCAGGCCAAGGAUCAGACAGGGAGCUUGGAAUACCCAUAACCUUGUGAGUUCGCCUUUAUGGUCACCGGAGCGAUGCGAAGGGUGGGACACCCCCAGGUCACGGCAGCCUUCGGCCAGCAACAUGUGGAGCAUCAAAGUGGGACGCGGCUCGGGGUUUCCUGGAAAGCGCAGGCCGAGAGGGGCCAAUCUGUCUGGAAGAGGGGGACGAGGCCGGGCAAAGUUAAAGAAUGGAAUCGGCGCCAUCCUAGCGCCAGGGGUGGGCCUGCUGGACAUGUCAUCAGUCAAGGACGAAGAAGAAAACUCGAUGCACAACACAGUGGUGCUUUUCUCGAACAGUGACCGAUUCACUCUGAAACAGGACAUGUGCGUGGUUUGUGGAAGUUUUGGCCGAGGUGCAGAGGGCCGCUUGCUGGCAUGUUCACAGUGUGGCCAGUGUUACCACCCGUACUGCGUCAGUAUUAAGAUCACCAAGGUAGUGCUGAGUAAAGGUUGGCGAUGCCUGGAAUGCACGGUGUGUGAGGCUUGUGGCAAAGCCACAGACCCGGGGCGACUCCUGCUCUGCGAUGACUGCGACAUCAGCUACCACACUUACUGCCUGGAGCCUCCCCUGCAGACGGUGCCCAAAGGUGGCUGGAAGUGCAAAUGGUGCGUCUCCUGCACACACUGUGGUGCCACAUCUCCGGGGCCAAGGUGCGAGUGGCAAAACAACUACACGCAAUGUGCACCCUGUGCCAGCUUGGCCACCUGCCCAGUCUGUUGCCGCAAUUAUCGGGAGGAUGAACUGAUUGUGCAGUGCCAGCAGUGUAACAGGUGGAUUCAUGCCUGCUGCGAGAACCUAAACAGUGAAGAAGAGGUGGAGGCCAUUGCUGACAUCAGCUUUGACUGCACUAUGUGCCGAAAUUUCAACGUCCAGGCUCAUGGGCAGAUCCAAGAGAUGAUGGAGUCCUCGCUGACUGCCCAGAUGGUCGCCAAACUAAAAGAACAGCAAGAGCUGUCGCGGACGUACACCCAGGAUGGCGUUUGUUUGACAGAGUCGGGACUGACGCAGCUCCAGAGUCUGACAGCGGCGAUGCCACGACGAAAACGCCCAAAGCCCAAGCUCAAGCUGAAGAUCAUAAACCAGAACAGUGUGGCGGUGUUGCAGACUCCUCCAGAGCUUCAGUCUGAGCACUCGAGAGAUGGAGACGUGGAUGAUAGCCGAGAAGGAGAGCUCUUGGACUGUGACGGAAAAUCCGAGUCAAGCCCUGAGAGAGAGCCUGCUGAUGAUGACGCUAAGGGCACGGAGGGUGUUGAUGGGGUCAAGAAGAGAAAGAGGAAGCCAUACCGACCCGGCAUUGGGGGGUUUAUGGUUCGCCAGAGGAGUCGCACUGGCCAGGGGAAGGCAAAGCGGCCGCUCUUCAGGAAGGACUCAUCUGGCUCAGUGUCUGAACAGCUAGUGGGCAAAGACGAAGCCUGGAACGAGACGUUGCCUGAUAUGCCAGGUGAUGAACUGCUGCCCGGGUCAGAAUGCCUAGAGAAGACAAAAAAGCGGUACCGUAAAAAGAAGAACAAACUGGAGGAGACAUUCCCGGCCUAUCUGCAGGAAGCUUUCUUUGGUAAAGACUUGUUGGACACAAGUCGUCAAAUCCGGUUGAGUCUGGAUGCCUUGUCAGAUGAGGAUCCAAAUCACAUGGACAAGAAGAUGGCAGGGGUCAAUCCCAACUUCCUCGAUCCCUCUUCAGACCCUUUACUAAGUUCUGCCACCACAUCCGUUUCAGCAAGGCAGCAGUCCCGAGUGAAUUCUGCGGAACCCCUGGUAGACCUGUCCGAAGUGCUCACGACAGACGACGACCUCCUUGGAAUCCUAUCUGACGAGCUGUGCAAGCCCUCUGCGGAUUCAGGUCUUGAUUUAUGCCCUUUCCAUGUUGGCAACUCGCCCUCCCCAUUUGCUGCUUUGGAUAUGGGCACCGUCCCAGAAGAGCCCCAGUCUACAGCCCAGCAGAGUGCCCAACGUGUCGUGCGGCCCCUGACUGACGAGCCUCUGGAUGGGAUUCUCAGCCCGGAGCUGGACAAGAUGGUGACCGAUGGUGCAAUUUUGAGCAAGCUCUACAAAAUCCCAGAGCUUGAAGGCAAGGAUGUUGAGGAGCUGUUCACUGCGGUGCUGAGUCCGACUGCCAGUCUGCACGCCCAGCCACCUCCUUCCACCCCACUGGCUCCUGCGCUGCCAUUGCAUGGCCAAGGAGAUGCUUUGUUCCCCAGAGCGCCUGACAUGAACGGUCUGAUUCCACAUUUCCCGGUGGCAACCAUCAACCCGCCAGGGGCCUGCAUUCCCAACAACUUUGCUCACAUGCAUCGGCUUCCUUACCCCGAUUCUGGCAGGGACAAAAAGCUUCCGUUUAAUCAGCUGGUCAGUGAGCCCAUGAGCACUUGGACAGCCCCGGCCGUGGCCGACGGAGAGACGGACAACAUGUCCAAUGCCCAGAGGAGCACGCUGAAAUGGGAGAAGGAAGAGACGCUGGGCGACAUGGCCACUGUGGCGCCAGUUCUGUACACCAACAUCAACUACCCAAACCUUAAAGAGGAAUUCCCAGAGUGGUCCACGCGAGUCAAGCAGAUCGCCAAGCUCUGGAGGAAAGCCAGCUCCCAAGAUAGAGCCCCUUACGUGCAAAAGGCCAGAGACAACCGGGCAGCACUGCGCAUCAACAAGGUCCAGCUGUCCAAUGACUCCCUGAAGAGGCAGCACCAGCACCAGGAGCUCGUCGAUCCUGGCCUGCACAUCGACUCGGAGCUGCUCCUCAAAGACCCCCAGAAGCACAAAGAGUCGGAGCACGAGCAGGAGUGGAAGUUCAGACAGCAAAUGAGGCAGAAGAGCAAACAGCAGGCUAAGAUCGAAGCCACCCAGAAACUGGAGCAGGUGAAGAGCGAGCAGCAGCAGCAACUUCAGCAGCAGCAGCAGCAGCAACAGCUGCCCACGGUGGGCAGUGAGGCCCCCAGCAGUGGCCACCAGAGCCCCCUCACUCCGCAGCCAAACAAUGGGAGCCUGUCACCAGCUCAGCCAGUGCUCUCCAAAGACGGCUUUGCCCACCCUCAGCUCUGCACCACCCCCACGCCGGCUGCGCCCCCCGAUGAUGUUUUCCUGCGGCCCCAGGCUCCCCCCCCCACGCCUACCCGGGUGCCAGCCCAGGACUCCUUCUCGCAGCCCCCGUCACCUCACGUGUUUUCACCCGGCAACUCCUCCGGUUCGAGGCCCGCAUCGCCUUGGGAUCCCUACGCCAAGAUGGUGGGAACCCCAAGACCACCUCCUGCUGGGCCUGCCCCCCCAAGGAGGAGCUCCGUGGACCGCUGCACACCUCCAUCAGCUGCUGAAAGAGGCCGACCGUCCCCGGCCCACGACUCCUUUGGGUCGCCGACACCUUUAGGUGGCGAGAUGUACGCCAAGCCCCCCGACACCCCCAGACCAACAGGGGCACCGAUGAGGGGAAGUGUUGGCGUCGAGAAUGCCGGCGAUGCGUCGAGCAGGAAAUCGAUGUACAACCGCGUGCCUCAGCCCAGGAUGAUCCUGUCGGACCCCUACAGCCGCCCACUGCUGGCCUCCAUUCCGGGAAGCAACGAGUCUGGAAGCGACGCUCUGUUUAAAGCUCCUCGGCCCCCACUGGUGUCCCAGGACCCUUCGGGCCCCAGAAGUCUGCUCACACCCCUCGGGCAGCAGAACGACCUGUGUGGACCUCGGCCCUCGGUGGGGGAACAGUUUCCUCAGGCCCCCCGGGUCCUACGCCAGCCCCCAGGAGAGCCCUUUUCCCAGCCCCGAGCCGCACAUGACCCUUAUGCCCGCCCCCCUGGCACUCCGCGACCCAUUUCCGAUUUGUAUUCCCAGUCUCCGUCUGCUUCUAGGCCAUCUUCCUUUGACCCAUAUGCUCAGAUGCCACCCACAUCCAGAGCACCCAGCAUGCUUGCUGCUGACCCUUACUCGCAGCCACCCGGGACCCCCCGGCCAAUACAAAGUGACCCUUACUCGCAGCCACCCGGGACCCCCCGGCCAAUACAAAGUGACCCUUACUCCCAGCCACCCGGGACCCCUCGGCCAGUACAAAAUGACCCUUACUCGCAGCCACCCGGGACCCCCCGGCCAAUACAAAGUGACCCUUACUUGCAGCCACCCGGGACCCCCCGACCAGUACAAAAUGACCCUUACUCCCAGCCACCCGGGACCCCCCGGCCAGUACAAAAUGACCCUUACUCGCAGCCACCCGGGACCCCCCGGCCAAUACAAAGUGACCCUUACUUGCAGCCACCCGGGACCCCCCGACCAGUACAAAAUGACCCUUACUCCCAGCCACCCGGGACCCCCCGACCAGUACAAAAUGACCCUUACUCCCAGCCGCCCGGGACCCCCCGACCAGUGCACAAUGACCCUUACUCUCUGCCGCCUGGCACACCCCAACCUCACCCGCCUCUAAGACCAGUGUUAGGGGACAGAUUUAGCGAGUCUUCGGCCGGAGCCAGGAGCUCGGACCCUUACUCACAGCCCCCUGGAACGCCCAGACCGGUGGCAGGCGAGCCCUACUCUCAUCCUCCCCGAGCACCCCGUUCCAUGCCAAAUGACCCUUAUGCCCAGCCCCCUGGGACCCCGCGACCUGUUGCGUGUGAGGCUUUCGCCAGGCCAGUGGCCACACGACCUGGGCUGGUACCAAAUCAGGAUUCCUUCUCGGCAGCAGCCCAAAGCAGAGGGGUGGGCAUUCAAGACGGGUUCCCGCAGGCUCCUGACGCCUGCCCGCCAGUACUCAAAGUGCCCGGCAAGUGUGACGAGCCAUUCUCAAACCACGACCCUUAUGAGCAGCAGCCGAUGACCCCUCGACCCACACCUCCUGGGCGCUUGCCCACAGAUGCUGAACUGCCAGCUGCCAGCCAGGUGGGAAGCUUUGUUGCACCCUCCGCACAGAAGAUGCCCCAGACAUUGAGUGAGACCCCGCCAGCCGAAAACGAAGAGAGGCUACGCCAGCGACUUCGGGAGCUCAUCCUCCGGCAGCAGCAGCACAAGAUCGCCGUCCGCCAAGAGAAAGGACUUCAAGAUGCAGCGAUGCCCCUGGCACCGGGGACCCCUCACCAUUGGUCACAAGGCGACUCGGGUUGUCAGGAGGACCUCUUCAACCGCCCUCCGCCCCCGUACCCCGGGACGAUGAGAGGCACCCCCAGGUUUCUGGGGUCAUUCGCCAGCGAUCAGAACGGCUCGUUUCCUGCAGAGGGUCACUUUGGUAGGCCCCCAUAUCCGGGAGAUGUGAGACCCCAUGGAGCGAGGUUUGGGUUCCCACCCGGACCAAUGGCUGGACAAGAGCGCUUCCUCGGCCCCCCCCUUCCCGUUCCCGGCCAGAUGCACGGCCUCCCGCAGCAGCUCCGGAGGUCCGUCUCCAUGGAUGCUUCUAGGCACGCGCUCCCCAAGCACUUCCCUCCUCAGGCCAUUCAGAUGGCACAGCACAACAUCAUGGGGCAGCCCUUCAUAGAACUGCGCCACCGGCCACCAGAGAGCAGGUUCCGCCUUCCUUUUGGGCCUCCCGUCAUGGAACCUCCUCCGCGAGGCAGCUGUGCGCCCGAACAGCAGGUGGGCUUCCCGGGAAAUGCGGUGAUGGCUGGCCCGAUGCCCCCAGCGGCCCCCCAGGUCCCGCUGGUGCGCUCGGUGAGUAAUCCUGCCGGCGCCGAGCGAUUCCGAGUGCCUGUCCACCCUGGAGAGGACCUUCCCGGGGCCGCCCGGCACGUCCCCGAAGAGAAACUGGAGGCAGACGAUUCGGCCGUGAAAGAUCUGGAAGAUGUGGAAGUGAAAGACCUGGACGAUGCCGACCUUGAUACUCUCAACCUGGAGGACGGGAAGGGGGACGAUUUGGACCUGGAAGCCAAUGAUCUGCACCUGGACGAUUUGCUGCAGUCUGGCAAGUUUGACAUCAUCGCUUACACGGACCCGGAGCUCAACUUGGAGGACAAGAAGGACAUGUUCAACGAGGAGCUGGAGCUCAGCGACCACACGGAGGAGCGCACCGAGUCUGCAGGCGAGGGACCUAGCGGACCGUCCCCAGGGAAGCAGCAGUCUGAUGUCAAGUCGGAAUGCGUCGAGGAGCUCUGCUCUGAAGUGGCGCCCGCCGAUGACGGUGCGGGUUUGGUGGCCACCAACUGCCAGGAUGGCUCUGCAGAGCAGCCUAGGCUUCCCAAGCCCUCUGAAGACCUCCCAGAUCUGCUAACGACAGAGACGGAGGAUGGCACCGCCGCCUUGGGGCCAUUGAGGUCCCCGCCUGCCCAAGCGGCCGAUGUGCCCGCCAGUUGCGGCGCCAUGGAGCAGACAGUCGGCCACGAGGUGCAGCCCCAGUUCGUGUCGGCUCACGCGUUCGUGGAGCCCGGCCUGACGGCUCAGCCACCGGCCGUCUUUCCUCUGCCAAGCAAGGAGCGGCCCCUGCUGCUGGACGAGCAGCCAUUGCUCCUGCAGGACCUGCUGGACCAGGAGCGGCAGGAGCAGCAGCAGCAGCGGCAGAUGCAGGCCAUGAUACGGCAGAGGUCGAGCGACUCCUUCUUCCCAAACAUCGAUUUUGACGCCAUUACGGACCCCAUAAUGAAGGCGAAGAUGGUGGCCCUGAACGGAAUAAAUAAAGUUAUGGUGCAAACCAACAUGGUCAUGCCGUCGAUGAUAAACAGGUUCCCAUUUGUGGGACAGCAGCCUGGAGGACAUGGGGGCGACAGAGCUGUGAUCCCCCCACAAGCUGUUGGACCGGAUGGCAAGUUGGCACCACAGAUGGCAAGACCCAAUCCUCCAAGUUUCGGCCCCGGCUUUGCGGACGAUGCCCAGAAGCACAAGUAUGAAGAAUGGCUGCAGGACACUCAGCAGCUGCUCCAGAUGCAGCAGAAGUUUCUGGAAGAGCAGAUUGGCGCGCACAGGAAGUCCAAAAAGGCCUUGUCGGCCAAACAGCGCACCGCCAGGAAAGCGGGCCGAGAAUUCCCCGAAGAGGACGCCGAGCAGCUGAAGCACGUCACCGAGCAGCAGAGCCUGGUGCAGAAGCAGCUCGAACAGAUCCGGAAGCAGCAGAAGGAGCACACCGAGCUGAUCGAGGAAUACCGGAUCAAGCAACAGCAGCACUGUGCCGUGACGCCGUCCAUGAUGCACGCCGGGGGUCCCCCGGGGGCCGUCGAUCAGCAAGCCGCCUUCCCCUUCCAGCCGCAGCAACACCCCCCUCCUAGAAUGCUGGGAUGGCCGCCGGUCCGGAUGCAGUCUCCGAUGCCUCAGCCUGUCCCAGCCGCCGGUGCUCUGCCCGUGCCCGCCAACGGCGCCCCCCACGUCAAGUUCGACGACAACAACCCCUUCAGCGAAGGCUUCCAGGAGCGAGAGCGCAAAGAGCGCCUGCGGGAGCAGCAGGAGAGGCAGCGCGUCCAGCUCAUGCAAGAGGUGGAGCGCCAGAGGGUCCUGCAGCAGCAGCUGGAGCAGCCGGGGCUCGGCGGGCCGCAGAUGACCAACCGGGGGGCCGCCCUGGCACGCGUGCCCUUCUUCGCGUCGGAGCUGCCCCAGGACUUCCUGCAACCCCAGAGGCCGCCGCCCAUGGGUCAGGUGUUCCCUCCGCAGCACGGCUUCAUCGGCGCGCCACACUUCAUGCAGGGGGGCGAGCGGCGGCCGUCGUUUGCUCAAGAGGUGCACCCCCCCGGGCCCGGUUUUCACUCCGUGAGCCACGCGCUCCAGUGCCCUCCGAGGACCCCAGCGAGUGGCGACGGAGCUCCGUUUGCCACAGAGCCCGCCACGCUCCUCCCGCCGAACUAUCCCGGACCCGGCCAGUCCCUCAUCCAGCUCUACUCCAACAUCAUCCCUGAAGAGAAAGGAAAGAAGAAGAGGAGCCGCAAGAAGAAAAAGGAGGAGGACGCCGAGUCCGUCCAGACCCCCUCCACCCCUCACUCGGACCCGGCGGCCCCCCUGACCCCCAGCGUGUCGGACCCGGCGUCCACGCCCACCCGCAGCCUGUUGCCUCACGGCGAGCAGGAGCCGCAGCCGGCCGCCAGCGGUCCGCCUCCGUCCGAGCUCGAGCGCCAGCUGUCCGGGAGCAGCAACAGCAGCAGCGGCGGCGCGGGGACCCCCCUACCCCUGCCGGGGGCUCGCCAGGCCGCGGUGACCUCGGAAACGGACGAGCCAUCUAAGGAGUUGCGCAGAGUCAAGCUGGAGAAGGUGGAGUGCCAGGUGUCCGAGGAGCCGAUGGACGGGCCCCCCAUGGGCCCGGUCAAGAUGGAAGAAGCCAGAGACGGAGGGUCUUCACGUGAAAAGCCGGGGGCAAAGGUGGAGUCGGGGAACGAGCUGUUGAAGCACCUGCUGAAGAGCAAGAGCCUGGGCCAGCAUCAGCGGUCCGAGGAGAGCGGCCACUCGGGGGACGGCGCCGCCCUGCCAGCCCGGACCCUCGCCGAGCAAGCCGGGGACGAGACGCUCGCGGGCACAUUUGGGGUGGAUGCCCCUCGGCCGGCACCCGCCGAGCAGGACAAGAAGAAGCCGCGCAGCAAGCGAGUGCCCCGGACGGGUGACAAGUGCGCGUCACGCUCAAAGAAGAGGAAGAAGGACGAGGAGGAGCGCCAGGCGCUGUGCCCCAACACGGACGCACUGAUGACCCAGCUGAAGCAGCAACUUUCUCUGCUGCCACUAAUGGAGCCCAUCAUCAGCGUCAACUUGGCCCACUUCUCUCCCUACGGCAGCGGGCGGCUGAACGGCGAGAGCCGCCUGACUGGCACCUUCGGCAGCGCGUCGCUGGACGGGGUCUCCGACUACUACUCUCAGCUAAUUUACAAGCAGAACAACCUGAGCAACCCCCCGACGCCUCCCGCCUCACUGCCCCCCACGCCACCUCCAGGGGUCCGGCAGAAACUGGUCAAUGGCUUUGCCUCCACUGAAGAACUGGACAGUAAAGUGACCGUGAUGUCUGGACGUGAUGUCAGCAGAUGCCUGGGAGCCAAGCCACUUCAGAUGCCAUUUCGGCCCGAUGAGGACUUGCUGGCAAGAGCGAUGGCUCACGGCCCAAAGAUGGUGGACGUGCCCGCUUCUCUUCCAACUCCGCCCCACAAUAACCAGGAGGAGCUCAGAUGCCAUGAGGAGAAGGACUGCGAGGAGCCGGACCCCGUCGACAGCUUUGUGCCAUCCUCGUCACCCGAGAGUGUGGUGGGGAUGGAAGUCAGCAGGUACCCCGACUUGUCUUUGGUGAAAGAAGAACCUCCGGACCCCGCAGCCUCCCCGGUUAUCCCAAUGCUGCCGAGCUCCUGUGGCAAAGGCUCUGAGGUCCGAAACUGUGCUGUGAAGAUGGAGCCCCUUUAUGGCAGCCCCUACACCUCCACGCAGAGCUCCUCCAGGGACAGCUUGGUCUCCAUCGCCAUCACCCUGAACUCGGCGGCGGCAGAGAACAUCAGUGGCGUCGUGGCAGCGGUGGCCGAUUUCCUUCGAGUGAGCAUCCCCAACAGCUACGAAGUGAGCUGUGCCCCCGAGCGGGCAGACGGGCCGGCAUUGGGCAGCCUCAAGAUGCAGCAGCAGCACCAGGCCUACGGCGCCAGAGCCCCCUGCGCCGCCGGGCCCAACAAGUUGGUGUCACGAGCCUGCGUCUUGCAGCCAGAGAGCGGCUUUCAUGUGCCAGGCUCGCUUCUGAACGCGCGUCACUCUGUGAGAGGACACGGCGGCGGCGGCCCCAAGCCUCAGUGGUGCUGUCACUGCAAGGUGGUGGUCCUCGGGCAUGGGGUGCGCAAGGCCAUCAGGGACCUCCCCGGGAAACGAGAGGAGAAGUCGGAGGGCAGCCUGGUGUUCUGCAGCCACAACUGCAUGGCGUUGUUCUCGCAGCGGAGCCCCGACUUGAAGGAUGCCAUGCAGGUGUCCCCCGUUUGUUGUUUCAGGGAGCCCCCGGGCAAGGCGCCGCACCCCUACAGCAACCACACCUCGGCUCUGGAUGUCCACUGCCUGCCGCAGCUUCAGACCAAGGAGUCUCCGCCCAUCGCCUUCCCGCCGGCCGCGGCCGAGGUCAGAGCCGACGAGCUGAAGGUGACGGUGAAGCUGAAGCCGCGGCCGAGGACGGUGCCCGAUCCGGCCCGGCCCCUCGGCAAGAAGUGGAAGGGCGCGCGCUGGCGGAAGUGGAGCGUGCAGGUGGUCAUCCCCAAAGGCCACUUCGAGCUGCCCGGCGAGAGCGACGUCGACGAGCUGCUCAAGAGACUGUGCACCCCGCUGCGGCCCGAGCCCCCGCCCCGGGACCACCGCAAGUGCUGCUUCUGCCACGAGGAGGGCGACGGCACCACCGACGGGCCCGCCCGCUUGCUCAACCUCGACCUGGACGUCUGGGUGCACCUCAACUGCGCCCUGUGGUCCACGGAGGUGUACGAGACGCAGGCGGGCGCGCUGAUGAACGUGGAGCUGGCCCUGCGGCGCGGCCUGGCCGUCAAGUGCGUCUUCUGUCACAAGAUGGGCGCCACGGGCGGCUGCCACCGCCUGCGCUGCACCAACAUUUACCACUUCACGUGCGCCCUCAAGGCCCAGUGCAUGUUCUUCAAGGACAAGACCAUGCUGUGCCACAUGCACAAGCCGCGGGGGCUGCACGAGCAGGAGCUGCGCUACUUCGCCGUCUUCCGGCGGGUCUACGUGCAGCGCGAUGAGGUGCGCCAGAUCGCCAGCAUCGUGCAGCGGGGCGAGCGGGACCACACCUUCCGCGUGGGCAGCCUCAUCUUCCACUCGCUCGGCCAGCUGCUCCCCCAGCAGCUGCGGGCCUUCCACAGCGCCUGUGCCAUCUUCCCGGUGGGCUACGAGGCCAGCCGCAUCUACUGGAGCACCCGGCACAGCAAUCGCCGCUGCCGCUACCUCUGCGCCAUCGACGAGAAGGAGGGUCUGCCCGAGUUCAGCCUGCGGGUGGUCGAGCAGGGCUACGAGGACCUGCUGCUGACAGACACGUCCCCCAAGGGCGUCUGGGACCAGGUCCUGCGGCGGGUGGCCGAGCUCCGGAGCCAGGUGGGCACGCUCAAGCUCUUCCCCGUCUACUUGAAAGGAGAGGACCUGUUUGGCCUGAGCGUGUCGGCUGUGACGAGGAUCAUCGAGUCGCUGCCAGGGGUGGAGGCCUGUGCCAAGUACACGUUCCGCUACGGGCGCAACCCUCUGAUGGAGCUGCCCCUGGCCAUCAACCCCACGGGGUGCGCGCGGUCGGAGCCCAGAGCCCCGUCCCAUGUCAAGAGGUUCGUGUUAAGGCCUCACACGCUCAACAGCAGCGGCACCUCCAAGUCCUUCCAGAGCACCGUGACGGGUGAGCUCAACGCGCCGUACAGCAAGCAGUUCGUCCACUCCAAGUCCUCGCAGUACCGCAAGAUGAAGGCCGAGUGGAAGUCCAACGUCUAUCUGGCUCGCUCCCGCAUCCAGGGCCUGGGCCUGUAUGCGGCGCGCGACAUCGAGAAGCACACCAUGGUCAUCGAGUACAUCGGGACCGUCCUUCGGAACGAAGUGGCCAACCGCAAGGAGAAGCUCUACGAGUCUCAGAAUCGCGGCGUCUACAUGUUCCGCAUCGACAACGCCCACGUCAUCGACGCCACGCUGACCGGAGGGCCGGCUAGGUACAUCAACCAUUCGUGUGCCCCCAACUGCGUGGCCGAAGGGGUGACCUUUGAAAAAGGCCAAAAAAUUAUCAUCAGCUCCACCCGGCGGAUUCAGAAAGGAGAGGAGCUUUGUUACGACUACAAGUUUGACUUUGAAGAUGACCAACACAAGAUCCCGUGUCACUGUGGAGCGGUCAACUGCCGCAAGUGGAUGAACUAGGGGGGCGCGCUCGCCCCCUCCCGGCCCCGGGGCCCACAUCCUAAGAGCACUUUUUGGUUUUUGUCGUUUUUUUGGGUGUUUGUUUUGUUUUUUUUUUUGGGUGGCACUACAGGGGAGGAGACGGGAUGGCGUCGGGCGCUAAUUUGAAUGUAGGAGAGAAAUCACCAGCCAGCGAACCGGGCAGACGGGGAGUGCUGGACACACAGCCUUACUCACUCACACUCACACACACACACACACACGCGAUGAAGGGGCGGGCCCUCUUGAAUCCAAACUCAGAAGCGUAGACACCACUGAACGAGGAAUGUACCGUACGCACGCACGCACGACUUCCUUAGGAGUACAGCUAAGGGAACGCAACUUGCACUAAACUCUUUUGAAAUACUUGAUUCCAUGAGUCAGUCCAUUGUAGAGUUUUCAUUUCUGUAUAUUAAGAGAGAAAUUUUUGUAUUUAUUAUCGGAGAAGUGAAUGAAGCUAUUUUUAAAAUGAAACCAGAAAGCCAAGCUGCUGCUGUGGCGGGCACAUUUAGCGAAGCGUCUUGUUACAUUUACGUGUACAAAGUGUAAAUAGCAGAGAAGCCGAUCGAUUGAUUGAUUGAUUGAUGAUUGAUAUCCUUGACCAAAUGCUACCUUCCUUACUUACCUGGCCGGCCGCUUUGUGGCUCUUCUCUCGUUGCUUUCUUUCCUUUUUCUUUGUGACGCGCGGGUGCCGAGUUGAGUGUGCGACGGACGCCUGUAGUAUUUGGUGGACUGGCCUGCUCACUUGGACUUGCGCCUCACUUUUCCUUUGUCUUCUUCUUCCCGUACGAUGAAUACUGUGAAGCGACGGCUCGGCUCGCGCGUGUGCUUGGACUCUCGAUGUUUACACUCGCACUCGCUGUGGACAAGUCAAUCGUGUAAAUAAAGAUUUAUUGACGCACACGUCUCUCCACACACAACUCUUUCUUUUUGGUCUCCUCUUGUAUGAAAUUCCAAACUCCCGCCAGUAUUUGUCCUGCAGGGUUUCCGUUUUUUCCUCUUUUUCUUUUCUUUCUUUCUGUCGUGUACAAUGCUGGUCUCUGAUCUUCUGAUCUCAUGUGGACUACAAAUGAAGCCUUUUGUUGUUUUGUUUUUUUCCUGAAGUAUCCAGAGUGUUAUGGAUUUUGGAAUUUGUGGAAACAGAUUUAGGAGCAUUUACAAAAAUAAAAUAUUUUACAAGUAA